CGACCAGCUGAUCGUUUCGGCUUGAGUGUUUGUUUUUAUUUGGUUUGCAACUCGACUUAAUAUAUGAUAAACAGGUUAAUUUGUUUAAAUUCCUGCCCGUCGCUCAGUGCGUGAUUGCUGCUCCAGAUCAAAAGUUGUCCAAGUCAUGUUGCGUAACAGGCUGAUAGAUGGAGUCAGGCGAUUAAAACCCAUACUUUGCGGGGGGCAAUCCCUGCGAUCCCUUAGCAAUGGAGCGACUUCAAAGCUGACCACCAUAGAGGUCGAUGAUAGGAGUGGGAUUGCCACCCUGUCAAUGAACCUGCCACCGGUGAACACUUUGACCAUGGAGCUGAUGCACGACCUCAUCGAUUCAAUUAAUCAGAUCGAGAGCAACAAGAGCCGCGGUCUCAUCCUGACUUCAAGCAAUGACAAGGUAUUCUCCGCUGGCCUCGAUCUCAACGAGAUGCUGAACCCGGAAGUGGAGCGACUGCGGUUAUUCUGGACCCGGUUCCAAGAUUUGUGGCUGGCCCUCCAUCUUUGUUGCCUUCCCACAGCAGCAGCAAUCAAUGGACACUCUCCUGCCGCGGGCUGUGUUCUGGCCACCGCCUGUGAGUAUCGCGUCAUGUUGCCGAAUCUCUUCAUCGGUAUACAUGCCACCCGGUUUAGCUUCGUGAUCUCGAAGUGGAUGAUGAACUCGUACCAGAGCGUCCUACCCCGCAGAGUUGUGGAGCGGGCGCUGAAUCAAGGUAAGCUCUUCGCCACCCAGGAAGCCCUGAAUGUGGGCCUCGUGGACGAGAUCGCAUGUAGCAAGGAGGAAGCGCUCUCCAAGUGCGCAGCCUUCAUAGCCACCUUUGACAAGACCAAUCCCGUGGCCAGGUGCCUAACCAAGCGAAUGUGUCGGGAGCCAGAUGUGCGGGAGCUGCUCCAGGACAGAGCUGCGGAUCUGAAGGAAUGCGUCGACUAUGUCACUACUCCGCUUUUCCAGGAGGGACUCUGCGCCCACUUGGAGGGCCUCAAGAAGAGAAAAUAGCGGCCUUUUAUAGGAAUGUGAUCAAAUUGCAUUUAUUGUUUAUGUAUGUAAAUUUGUAUUAAAAUGUUAAUCCGA